CCUCAAUCCUUGUACACUACCUUCAACCUCUCCCUCUCGACUGAAUCUCAUCCUCGGUCGCAAUCAUGGCAAGCCCUGCAAACCUCCCCCCCAUCUUCAACCCUACCUCGCAGGACAUUGAGCAGCUUCUCGCCGCACAAUGUCACUUGGGAUCCAAGAACUUGCAAGUUCACAUGGAACCAUACCUGUGGAAGACUCGCCCUGAUGGAAUCAACAUCAUCAAUAUCUCCAAGACAUGGGAGAAAAUCGUUCUUGCAGCUCGUAUCAUCGCAGCUGUCAACGACCCCGCCGACAUUUGUGUCAUCUCUGCCCGUCCUUAUGGCCAGCGUGCCGUGCUCAAGUUCGCCGCCCACACCGGAGCUGUUGCCAUUGCCGGUCGUUUCACCCCCGGUAACUUCACCAACUACAUCACUCGAUCGUUCAAGGAACCCCGCCUGAUCAUUGUGACCGAUCCCCGCACCGAUGCUCAAGCUAUCAAGGAGGCUUCAUACGUCAACAUCCCCGUCAUUGCUCUCUGCGACACCGAUUCCCCAACCGAGUUCGUCGAUGUUGCCAUUCCCACCAACAACAAGGGUCGUCAUGCCAUUGGUCUGGUCUGGUGGUUGUUGGCCCGUGAGGUGCUGCGUCUCCGAGGAACUCUCGUUAACCGCGAGGUGGACUGGGAUGUCGUCGUCGAUCUCUACUUCUACCGUGAUCCCGAAGCUGAAGAGCAAAAGGAGGAGGAGAAAGUCCCAGGUGCUGACGAGGCUGGCCCAGGCGCUGUCGACCGUGGCUUCACUGACAAUGCGGAUUGGAGUGGUGAGGCAGCUGCUGCAGCUCCAGGAAUUGAAGGUGCCGCUCAGGCUGAUGCCAACUGGACUGAAGGUGCCGGUGGAGACUGGGCCCAAGAGACGGCUACCACUGCCACCGGUACCGCCGGCUGGUAAAUGUGCCGACCAUUGCUUCUAUGACCAUGUUCGCUGCAGAUCAGUGCGCUUUCUGCUUAUAUCUCGGCUAAACAACAUGGCACAUAACCCACUCUGUCUCCUGGUCUAAAAAGUUAACGGCACUCAUGAGGGAAAGAUACUCGUCUGGAAGCAUUCAUCAGCUCUCAGUCGAGGGAAAGCCCUGUGCUGAAGAUGAAAGGGAUGUACUUGAUCGUUACCCGGACCUAGAGCUGGCGUGGCAAUUUGGACCAACUUCUGUUGCGAGAGCACAGAAGUAGGCGUGAGAAAAAAAGAAUCAAAAUAAAGCAAUGAGAAUAAUCAUUUACCUAC